AUGGCAUCGUCUUUCUUUUCUGACUUUGGCCUUAUGUGGUACCUAGAGGAGCUCAAAAAGAAGGAGUUCAUGAAGUUCAAGGAGCUCCUCAAGGAGGAGACAUCACACCUCGGGCUCAAGCAGAUCCCCUGGGCUGAAGUGAAGAAGGCAUCACGGGAAGAACUUGCCUGCCUACUGCUCAAGCAUUAUGAGGAGGAGCAGGCCUGGGAUGUGACCUUCAGGGUCUUCCAGAGGAUCGACAGGAGGGAUCUCUGUGAGAGGGCCAUAAGGGAGAGCACUGGACACUCAAAACUGUAUCAGGCUCAUGUGAGGGAGAAAUACAGCAAUAUCUUGGCCAAGAAAUCCAUCGCCACGCUCCACCAAAACCUUGAUGAGACUAUCACCCAGGAAGAAAUCAAAUCUCUGGAACUCCUCUUCACACCCCAGAAGCCUGGGAAGCAGGCCCAUGCUGUGCUCCUGAAAGGAAACCAAGGAGUUGGGAAAACAACUUUCCUGAUCAAGUUCAUGCUGGCCUGGUCCAAGGGCCUCAUCUACAAGGACAGGUUCUCCUAUGUCUUCUACUUUUGCUGCCAGGAAUUGAAGCAGCUGCCAGUGACAAGCUUAGCAGAACUGAUCACCAGCACCUGGCCUAGCACCUCUGCCCCCGUGAGUGAGAUCCUGGCCCACCCUGAGAAGGUCUUGUUCAUGGUGGACAGCUUUGAAAUGCUGGGGAGCGACCUUGGCGAGCCCGAGGGUGAGCUGUGCAGGGACUGGGUGGAGGUGCGGCCGCCCCAGCUGCUGCUGAGCAGUUUGCUGAGGCGGAGGAUGGUCCCGGAGUGCUCCCUGCUUAUCACGGUCGACAUCAAGGCCAGGCAGAGCCUGGAGGACAGGCUGCGGGACCUUGACGUUAGGGUGCUCGGGGGCUUCCGGGAGAGUGACAUCAAGCUCUACAUCUACGGUAUGUUUCAAGAUUUGCACAGAGCCGCAGAGGCCUUCAGCCUCAUACAAAGCAAGGAGUGGUUCCUCGCGCUGUGCCGGUUCCCUGUGCUCUGCUGCCUGGCAGGCACCGCCCUGAAGCAUGAGAUGGACGAAGGCAAAGAUGUGGCCCGUACCUUCCAGCGGACCACCUCUCUGUACACCUCCUUCCUUUUUAACCUGUUCACGCCCAGGACCACCGACAGCCCCAGCUGGCAGGGCCAGGCCCAGCUGCAGACCCUGUGCUCCCUAGCUGCCCAGGGCAUGUGGACCAACUGCUUCGUGUUCUGGGAGAAGGACCUCAGGAGAAACGGUAUUGAGGGCUCUGAUGUCCCUGCCCUGCUGGAGCUCGGGAUCCUCUUACGGUGCAGGGGAUCUGAGCCCUCGUACAAGUUCCUGCACCCGUCCAUCCAGGAGUUCUGCGCCGCCCUGUUCUACCUGCUCAAGAGCCCCGGCCACCACCCGCACCCUGCCGUGCAGGGCACACAGGACCUUCUAGUGACCUUCCUAGAGAAGUCCAGAGCAUACUGGGUGUUUCUGGGGUGUUUCCUGUUUGGCCUCUUGCAUGAAAGGGAGCGGCAGAAGCUGGAUGCGUUUUUUGGCUUUCAGCUGUCCAGUGAGGUGAAGCAGCAAGUGUAUCAGUACCUGCAAAGCCUGAGUACUGUCAGAAACCUCCACGAAAGGAUCGUCUUCCUGGCCUUGUUCUACUGUCUGUUCGAGAUGCAGGAGGAGACCUUCGUUAGCCAGGCAAUGAACUUGAUGCAAGAGCUUACCUUCACUAUGUCAGGAAAGCUGGACUUGGAGGUUGCCGCCUACUGCCUAAAGCACUGUUCCAAGCUGAGGCAGCUCAGCAUUUCAAUCCAAGGUAUCUUCCAGGAAGAAGAGAAAGGACACAACUUGCUGUCAAACGCUGACCUCGUCUGUUGGCACCAGGUGUGCUCCGUCCUCACGACCAACAAGCACCUCCGCGUGCUGCAGAUAAAGGACAGCGUCCUCAGCGACUGCGCCACGGGCACUCUGCUUAACCAGCUGAGGCAGCCCAACUGUCUCGUCGAGAAUCUUAUGAUAAACAAUGCUCGCUUACACUGUGACAGCUGGCUUCUCUUUGAGGUGUUCAUUCACAACCCCAACGUGAAAUACUUGAGCCUCAACAACACUGACCUGUGCCGUGAUGCCGUGAGGAACCUCUGCAGCGUGCUGAGCCACCCCACCUGCGGCUUGGAGAACCUGGAGCUGGUGAAUUGCAAGCUGACGGCUGAGGACUGCAAGGCCUUCGCCUCCAUCCUGAUGGAGGGCAGGAAGCUGAAGCAACUGAACCUCGCCUCCAACUUCCUGAAGAAGGGGGUGCGCACCCUCUGCAAGGCCCUGUGCCACCCCGACUGCACCCUGCAGUUCCUGGUGCUGGCCUUCUGCUACCUCAGUAACUGGUGCUGGGACUACCUCGCUGAAGUGCUCCUGACCAGCAAAAGCCUGACCCACCUGGACCUCAGCCUGAACACCCUGAGGGACGAGGGGCUGAAGGUUCUCUGUGAGGCCCUGAGAUACCCGACCUGCAUGCUGAAGACACUGAGUUUGAUGCAGUGCUCCAUCACGGCAGGCGGCUGCAGAGACCUGGCAGCUGUCCUCACCAGCAACCAGAACCUGACCAGCCUGCUGCUCGCGAAGAACCACCUGGGCGACACCGGCGUGAAGCUGCUGUGUGGUGCCGUGGCGCAGCCUGGCUGCCGCCUGGAGAACCUGGGGCUGGACGACUGCGGCCUGACCGGUGCCUGCUGCGAGGACCUCGCUGACAUGCUCACCAGCAGCAAGACUCUGACCACGCUGAGCCUGAUUCAGAAUCCCCUGGACCACUGUGGGGUGGCGGUGCUGUGCGAGGGCCUGAGGCACCCCGAGUGCACCCUGCGGGUGCUUGGAUUGAACAAAGCUGCCUUUGAUAAGAAAACCCAGGCACUUCUGAUAGACGAGGAAAAGCGGAACCCUAACCUGGCCGUCUUAGAAAGCUGGUGACAGAAAUGGACGACAUGGCGGGUGGGAGGCAGGCUGCGAGCACCUGGGUGCUCGAGGGGACACUAUGAGGACCCCUGAGGGACGACCUGCGUGACCUGAGGGAGGGCCUGUGUGGACACCUGUGUGGACACCUGUGUGGAUACCUGAGGGACGACCUGCAUGGACACUGUGUGGACACCUGCGUGGACACCUAUGUGGACAGGUGUGUGGACACUGAGGGACAACCCGUGUGGACACCUGCGUGGAUACCUGAGGGACGACCUGCGUGGACACCUACGUGGACAGGUGUGUGGACACUGAGGGACAACCCGUGUGGACACCUGUGUGGACACUUGUGUGGACAGGUG